AUGGUUAAUGGCAUUUGUCGGUUACCGGUUAUCAAAUUGAAAUUUGCUCAAGAUAUCACGUGGAACGCUCGUGGGUGUUGUGCAUGGAUUCAUAGAAUCAUAGCUGACUUGAGAAUAGAGAUCCAUUUCAUCAUUGACUUCCCCUCUGCUGGGAAGGGAAGCUUCGUCGUAGCGAUGGAACGCAGAGAUGAGAGCAACACGCUCGUGGGUGUUGUCCCAAAUUGCCAUUUCAGCGUGCCACAUGUAAGUGUCAUUUGCAUUCUAGUCAUCAUAAUAGCCAACAAACUGUCUCCCAGAACGAUGUCUGUAGAACCUGGUCCAAGUGUUUGGGCGUCUUUAGUUACUGCUUCUGUGUUGCAUGAGAAUCGUGACAUGCAAGAUCUAGCUUACAGGUUCCUUAUUCAACUAGAACCCAAAAACCCUUCAAAUUAUAUUUCGCUAUCGAACUUCUAUGCCUCUUCUAGGAGGUGGGACGUUGUAGCUGAAAUGAGAAGAAGAAUGAUGAAAGAAAGAGGUUUGAAGAAGGCACCUGGGUGCAGCUGGAUAAGCAUUAAUUCAAAGACUCAUUGUUUCUAUGUUGCUGAUAAAGCACAUCCUUGUUCUAAUUCGAUCUAUCAGAUGCUUGACUACCUUAUCUUAGUGAUGAAGGGAGCCUGCUAUUCCUGA